AUGAACCAAGAUUGCUCCCGAGAGGAGUCCAAACCUCCACUUUUCGCCCGACUCGGCGAAUUUUCAAAGCUACCACCAGAGCUACGCUUCCAGAUCUGGAACUGUCUCUUCGAUGAUUUCUUGUGGAACACGUCCAGCACACCCUGUGGUCUAUCCAUCCUUUCUUGCAAUCGAUACCUCAACGAGGAGACAACUCAUAUUCUAUACGAACGUCGCGUCCUCUCUCUUACUAUCGUAAUUCGUUGCUCGCCUGAAGGAGGAAGAAUACCAGAAUUCCACGCUAUCGUGAAGGCGGCAAAGGGUGCGGGAAAACUAAUGGGGGUCAAAUUCAUGGGAUUGAGCUACCUUGAUGAUGUUCUUCGACUUGUCCGAAAUUUUCCAAGCUGGAGAUUCCAGAAAUGUGGGCCGUGGAUUCACGUCAACUACUUCUGUUUACUGUGCCCCAGCGAAGAGUUAGAGCUGUGGGACUGUGUUGUCAGGGUCGUCGACACUUUGAAACUCAUACCGAACGGCAAAAACAUCACAUUCAAUACUUUCUAUCCCUACCCUCUACUUCGAGAGCAAACAGUAGGACUAACGCGGAGCGGUGUGAUAAAGGACUGGUUUGAUGAAAGAUUCCCGGGGCAGCCUGUGCCGUUUCGGAGCCGCCAUCGUCCAGACAUUCGUGAUCACGGUUAUCCCCCCGGUCCAUGCCUAAUCAUUCCGGUCUACCACUAUACGGUAUUGCAGGCCAUGCGUUCUGCCGAGCUAAAGCGACAUGAACGAGAUAAGCUGGAGGUUGAGUUAUGA